AUGACAAACAAAGGCACUUACUUAUUUUUCUUACUUUACGCAACAUUCUUUAUAACAGCCUACGCUGGGAAAGACCACAUUGAUGUAUGUGGUGUUGGGUGUCCGACGUGCCGCCCUGACGGGAGUUGCAUGUCUGUGUGUUUUGGUGGGUUUAACCAAGACGACGACUGUAGCACGUGCAGUGCUGGGUAUAUCAAUUACCCAUAUUGUACUGCACUUUGUGGUAAUUUUGUGAUAGAUGCUGGUGAGCAGUGUGAUGGAGGGGAAGGGUGUAAUGAUGGAUGUCAGUGUGACACUGAGAAUGGGUAUUCGUAUCAAGAUGGGAAAUGUUCCAAAGACACUUCUACCUCUGAAUUAACGAUGAACAUCAUUACGGGUAUCCUCUUCUUGAUCUGUGUUUUAGCGGUUUUAUGUUAUGCGGCGUAUUUAACAUAUGCAAAGAAGUAUCGACUCUUAAAUGAAGACGCUACUUCAAACACCUCCCUCACCUCUGGCACUACAGACUCCUCCUCUUCGGAGAAAAAGCGCUCGAAGACCUCGAAGAACACAAAGUCGACGAACACUCCCCCUUCACUCGAUAUGAUCACAAAAUCAACGCAGUCAUCCACGUCUUCGAUAUCAGACAGUGACACAAACACGUCGUCAGACACAUCAUCGGACAACACCGAUCGUUCGACGAAAAGAAGAAGAAGAGCGAUAUUCAGACAACGUGGAGAUAUUUACACGAAAAUACCAGAGAGAGCGUUUUUCUCGUCGACGCCAAGCUUCCCACUGGAGUUGUCGAAAACGACGUUACUGUUUGGCGGGUCGUUUGAGAAGUUAAAAGUGCGAACGCCGUACACCGACACGUUCAAUAUAGUGAAUAUGAGGAACUCGCCAUGGAACUUCUCGGUGAAGGAAAUUAAGACGCCAAAGUUUGAGAUUUUGGUCGACCCGGUCGAUGGGACUAUUGCGCCGGGCACGCAAGUCAAUAUCAUCGCACAGAUCAAGUUGAAGUGCUCGUGCAGAGUCAACGCGCAGUUGGUGGUAAAUAUCCAACACCAAGAAAAGACGUAUACGUCCAAUAUAGAUAUUCGAGCAGACGCGCAAGACAGCGAGUACAUCGAUGGCGAUGAAUUCGACUUGGACAAUUUGACUGCGUCGGAUAUCACUGUUGGACAGUGUUACUCCCUUGUCUGGAAACAGAAGCCGAUCUUUGUGAAAACGUUUUCGAAGGCGCAGAACCCAGAUAUUGCGAUGCGGACGGAGAUCAAAUUCUUGCAAAUUCUGAAUGAACAACAGUUGGCUGCAAAAUAUUACGGAAAGGUCUUGUCGCACAAGAUCUCAUGUAUUGUGGUUGAGUAUUAUCCUUUGGGGACUUUAGACCACUUUUUGGACCAACAAGUCAUUUCACCAAAAUUGAAGAAGAAGAUGGCCGUCGAGUUGGUUGCAGCAAUUUCACUGUUACAUUCCUUCCACUUUGUAUAUCGGCAAUUAACACCACUCAGCGUGUUGGUGUCGUCCGUUAAAUUGAAAGAAGGCCCUCAUGUUAAAUUGUGCGGAUGCUCACAAGUCGUCAAGGCAGACGCAGUACAACAGAUCAAGAAAGACGCCAAGGAGAAGUUUAACUACUUCAUGGACCCUCUGGUGUUCAACGCUAACACUAACGCAGACUACCCCACAGAUAUGUUCUCGUUGGCACAUAUAUUACUUUUACUCUACUUCGGAGAACAAACAACUGAAGUCUUUAAGGUGUCGCCAUAUGAAUUGUAUCAAAUGCAGACAACACAGAAUAGACUUUUCACUCGUACAGAACUCACUGAUAAAUUGCCACAGAAAUUUGCGGAACUCGUCGCAACUAUGUGGGACACAGAUAGAGCUGAAAGACCUUCGGCAAAUGAAAUGACAAAGAGAAUUAAGGAAAUCUCUUUUGUCACAACGACUGAUACAAAUAAUUGA